UCCUUAAAAAAAGAAGAAGAAGAAGAAACAUUUACAAUGCCUUAUCAUUAGUAGGAAGCAGUGACUGGAUUUAAAAGCCAGCGUCAUCCCUGCUGCAAAAGCUGCUGUUUACCCGCUGAAAAGCAUUUGGGGAAAAAGCAGCGGAUCCCGAUGGCAUGGACACUUAUGCAAGGUCCGCCGCGCUGCCGUGCUACUGCUGGAGCCUACUCGCUUUCUCCUCCUUCAACCCAGGUCCACCGCCAUCGCCCCGCAGCCCACAGUGCCCUGCCGCAACGCGACCAGCCCCCACCGAGCCAAAGCAGGCGGCAUGAGGCUUGAUCCGGUGCAUCUAUCCAUGCUGCUCAUCGGGGUCUCAUUCGCCUGCUACUCCCCGAGUCUGAAUUCCCUGCAGGACCAAGCUUACAGGUCCGCCGUGGUGAUCGAGGGCAAGGUGCAGUCCACGCCUGCGGGGAACGCGUCCGUAGAGCCGUACCGUGUGAGUGUCAAAGUGCUGGAGGUCUGGCCCCUGAACAGCGGCGGUCUGGAGCGGGAGCAGCUCGUCACCGUGGGGGAGUUCGGAUCCGAGGCUCCGUGCGCCAAAGUGAAAAAGAACCACAAGUACAUCUUUUUUAUGGACCCCACGGACGAGCCCUUGGUUUUCAAGGCAUCGUUCGCGCCCGUUGACACGAGUGGGAAGAACCUGAAGAAGGAUGUUGGGAGGAUCUUGUGUGAGAACUGCGCUGUUGCUCCAAAGUUGAAACCAAUCAAGAAUCCCAUCGUCGUCGGUGAGGGAAGCAAGCUUAUGGUGAAGUGUGAGGCCACAGGAAAGCCUGUCCCAACCUACAGAUGGUUUAAAGAUGGCAAUGAGCUGACAAGUAGUCGAAAAGUCAAGAUCAAGUCCAACUUGAAAUCCUCCAAAGUCCAGAUCAACAUAGCGAAACUGGAGGAUUCUGGGAAUUACACUUGUGUGGUGGAGAACUCGCUGGGGAAGGACAACUCCACUGGCACCGUCAACGUACAAAGCAGCGUGGAUUGUACAAUGAGCAACUUCUCUUGCAGCACCACUACAGAAAGGACAAAAGGAACAGUAACCACAACGCUAUCUCCAGGCUCAGGCCAUGCCCGAAGAUGCAAUGACACAGAGAAGACCUUCUGUGUGAAUGGCGGCGACUGUUACUUCAUCCCUGGUAUAAAUAAGAUUUCCUGCAAGUGUCCAAAUGACUUUACUGGUGAUCGCUGUCAAACCUACGUUAUGGCCAGUUUCUACCAGCAUCUUGGGAUUGAAUUUAUGGAGGCAGAAGAACUCUACCAGAAAAGAGUCCUGACAAUCACGGGUAUUUGUGUGGCUCUGUUGGUGGUAGGCAUCCUGUGUGUGGUUGCCUACUGUAAAACCAAGAAACAAAGAAAGAAGAUGCACAAUCAUAUGCGACAGAACAUGUGUCCUGAACAUCCCAAUCGUAACCUUGCUAACGGACCUAAUCACCCAGGACCCGGCCCGGAGGAAAUCCCUAUGGUGGAUUACAUAUCAAAGAAUGUCCCUGCAACUGAGCGAGUCAUACGGCCCGCGACAGAGCGAUCAUUCCCAGCCAGUCACGCCUCUUCCAGAUCUCACAACUCUUCCACACGAGCCCACUCAUCAACUCAAAGACAUGAGGAACGGACAUGGAGCCUGGAACGUUCUGAAAGUUUCCUCUCUGACUCGCCGGGAAUGAUGUCAUCGUCCGUGGGGACCAGUAAAUGCAGCAGUCCUGCGUGCAUGGAAGCGCGGGCGCGGCGAGCUGCUCACUGUGGUUACUCUGAUCCCCAUCGGCCGGGGCUGCAGUACGGGGACUCGUUCGACUCGCUGGGAGACUCUCCGCACAGCGACAGGUACGUGUCAGCCCUGACAACACCAGCCCGCCUGUCCCCGGUGGAUUUCCAUUACUCGUUGCCCCCCCAGGUGCCUACCUUCCAGAUAACAUCCCCCAAUGCCAGCCACGCCAUGUCGCUUCCUCCUGCUGUCCACAACCCCUAUCCUCCAGAGGAUGACCAGCCGCUGCUGCGCCGCUACCAGGUGCCCCUACAUGACGCCCAGUGCCAGGAGCCCUACCGGCAGCAGCGCCGCACCUACCUAAAGAACAGCAGGGGCAGCCUGCCCUCCAGCCCCUACCGGCUGGCCGAGGAAGAAGACUAUGAGACUACCCAGGAGUACCUCUCCUCUCGGGAGCAACCAAAGACAAGUGGGUCCAGCGAAACUGGUAGCCGGCGCUGGAAGAGAUCCAGACUGAACGGCCACGUGGCCCCACGUGGAUACGAGGCAUCUCGGGACUAUGGAUCUCGAAGCUGCCUAACAGAAAGCGAGUCAGAGGAGGACGGUGAGAGCACUCCCUUUCUCAGUAUGCAGAACAUGAACGCCGAGCCCUCUACCAUCUACAGGCCGGUGGACACUCGGACUUCUCACUCAUCAGGGUGGCACAGCGGGCGUGGCAACAUGCAUACAAGACUCACACAGUCGCGCUCCAAACCGGACAGUACGCCCCAUUAAAGAGUGACGAUGAACCAACAAAAAUCAAUAUAGUAUAGACCUGCAUCUAUAAGAAAUAUUUUUAUUUUAUAUAACUGACAGAUAUUCUAAACAAAUGAAAUAUUUAUUUUCAUUUUAGCAAAAGUUGUCUACUAGUUAACAGCAAAGAAUUUUUUAUAGGGAAAACUCUAUUUAUAUGUACAUUUUGAUUUACAGCAUAAAAAAGAUGUGCCAGUUUUUUCACAACGUUAAAAAAAAAAAAAAAAAAUAGAGUAAUAUUGUGGUGCCUUUUGCUGUUUGCCGAUGCCAGAGGGCCAGUGGAGGUUUUUGUAGCCUUUCUUAUAUGGACGCCUCAUUUUUUAUACACAUUUAUGUUCUUUUGUUCUGUCUGAUUUAUUUUUUUUUUCCUGUCUCACUUUCUUUCCAAAAAAAAAGGCAUUCUUUGAGAAGUCUGUCCCCACUGGAGCAUAACCCCUUCCAUGUCACGCAAUAUAAACCACUUCAACAUAAAGUGUGUGUUUACAUUAAUAUGAUUCGUCCUGUAGGGUUUGGUGGUUCGGGGAUAUAACAGAACGCCUGACAAAUACAAUGUAGAACAUUUCUGACGUAUGUGCCCUGAGAGACGAAGAAAGAAGAUAGUGAUGUUCGGUUGAGUGCAGGUACAAAUGAAUCUGUGUGAGUGUAACGUUGCUUGCAUGCUUUUGUGAAUGUUAGGAGAAUAUCAUGUUGUGAGAUUAAAUGUGUGGAUCUCAGGAGAGCUGCCACUGACCCCUUCUCCUCUUCCCUUCUCCCUCCCUUUGUGUAGGUGGACAGGUAAGGCCGGGUUGUAUUAUGCAGGUCAUUUCUUAAUGAUGUAUUUACAACUGUCUGGCCCCAAGUCUUCCCCUAUUCUGUCCUUUUUAAAACAUCCUUGUACGAGGCCAACAAACGCUUAGCUGAUGGGCAAGGAGUGGACAUAUCGACGUAGGAGACCAAAUCAAAAGAUAUAAUCUGUUUUCACUUAAAACGACUCCUCCUCCCACAUCUCAUUAUCAUUCUGUAUCCAUUCUGUUUCUGUGGCUUGUUUUAAAGGCCACACAGUGUCUCAGGAUUUCCACAUAGCCCGCUCCACCCCACACACCCACUUUCACCUCCUCUCACACCUUGAGUAAGGCCUACCUAAGACGACGGUUCUCGGAAGUUGAGGACCUGGAGAUAAACACGCUACCAGUCUACCAGUCCCACGCAAAGAAAAGGUGGAAGCAGCUCUGCUGAAGGAGAGUAGAAACAAUGUAGGGAAUUAGCUGUGAAAACUACGGAGGAUCAUACAAUGCAAAAAUAUGCAAACUUUACAUUUUGCUGUUUGACUACAUCAUUUUCUAAGAGGUGACUGUAGUGUGUUGUGUGCGCAAAAAAAAAAAAAAAAAAA